GCAGGUGUGUUCAUUGGAAUCUGAAGGAAACUUGUGCGUGAGUGCUGCAAGUUUUAAAAAAUAUCCUAACGAACACACAUAAAGUCGUUUUUGACAGCGGAGGGUUACAAUUUUUUGGUCUUGUUUACGGGAAGUAACCGACCAUGUCUUAAAGAAAGUUUCGAACUCGUGCAUGGGAUUUUGCCUCAGAGAGAAGCGCGUGCGGUUGAUGGAGUCCGGCGGCGCGAGCGAUGAGGAGAGUCUCCGCGCGCUCUUCCACGCCUGCGACGUCGACAAUUCGGGCGUCAUUGAGAAAUGGGAGUUUGAGCGGAUGUGUUCGGAGCUUCGCGUGCGCUCGGCGGACGUCGACGACAUAUUCGCUAAACUGGACGCGAACGAGGACGGAGCGAUAAACAUGGACGAGUUUAUCGGCGGAUUUCAGACGGCCUCCAGUCUGGCGAGCGAAGGAGGGAUGAACGAGCGCGUGAACGGCGCGGAGGCGUGCGCACUGGCCUGGGAGGAUUUCAAGAGCCGGCUCGGGGAGCAGACCGAGUUCAUCCCGCGAAUUGAUAUAGUUUCGACCCUGUACCAGAACAUCAGUCUGACCGAGACCAGGAUGAUUCCUCAGUAUGAGAAAGUCCUUCUAAACUUCACCAGAGAGAUCAAACUCCAGAGUAAAGAGAUGGAGCGCCUGGGGCUGGCUGUCAAACGGGCUCAGGACCAGGCUGCCAUUCAGCUGAGUGCGAUGGAGGAGGAAAUGGACCAGCGCAUUCACACAACUGAGAGAAACACACGCGUGGAGGAGUCUAAGAAGGCAGAGGCAACACUGAGCUUUAUGAAAGACCAAUACGAAGCUCAGCUGAGUGAGUUACGGCAGAAGGUCCUCACCCUGCAGAUGUUCGAAGACCAGAACAAGAGCACCAGCCUUAAAGAAGAAAACAUAGCACUGAAGCGAAAGAAUAACGAGCUGACCCUGCAAUACCAGAAGCUGAAGCAGGAACUGCUGGAGUCACACACCAAUAUAGCAUUUCUGCAGAGUGAGCUGGACUCCCUCAAGAGUGAUCUCACUGACCAGAGCAUCAAUCUCGAGCGAGAUGAAGCCCUAAUGAGGUCUUUUGCUGAGGAGAGGGAGAACCUGGAGAGGCAGAUUGAGAUUCUUCACUUAGCAAACAGGAAGCUUCAUGACACCAACGAUGGUCUACGUACGAGUCUGGAGAACAGCCAGAGCAAAAACAAGAAUCAGAGAGGUAGUGGACUGUCUCCUGCAAGUACCAUCGAUAGGACAAAGACCAUGGGCACCCCAUAUUUUGAAAGGUGCUGUAAGGUCUACAUGGAUGAUGAUGAUUAUGGGCAGCUGCGGAUAACGGAGUGCCUGCAAAAUCAGAGCAGUGAGUCUUUGGCUCUGGCGCUGUGCGAUCCCAUGCGCAGACGCAGCAGCUGCGAGGUGGACAGCCUGAACGAGAGCUGCGUGGACAGCGGCAUGUCCACUCUGCGCUCCAACAACGGCUACGAUUCGGUUCGAAGCAUUGCUCGCAUGAUUGACUUCAACUGCUCAGGAGACACCUCAGACACGGAGGUGCCAGAUCUUCAAGACAAGACAGCGUGCGAAUCAGACCACGAGUCUGUCCUGAACAUGACUUUAAAUCCAGUCGACACAAAAGACGUCACCGCUACAGGGAAGAAAAGUCUUUCCGCCAUCUUCCACGAGAUGCUGAAGGAUGAGUCGGUGAUGACGGCUCAGGCAUCUGAAAAGGCGUACAAGAUUGUGUUAGCAGGUGACGCUGCGGUGGGCAAGUCCAGCUUCCUCCUACGCCUCUGUAAAAACGAGUUUAAAGGCAUCACCAGCACCACUCUGGGUGUUGAUUUCCAAAUGAAGACUCUUGUGGUAGACGGAGUGCCGACGGUGCUGCAGCUUUGGGAUACAGCGGGUCAGGAGAGGUUCAAAAGCAUCGCAAAAUCCUACUUCCGACGGGCCGACGGCGUUCUCCUGCUCUAUGAUGUAACCUGUGAGAAGAGUUUUCUAAAUGUGCGAGAAUGGGUCGACACCAUAGAGGAUGUGUCCCAGGAAAAAAUCCCCAUUAUGCUGGUAGGGAAUAAGACAGAUCUACGGCAGCAGGCUCUUCAGGAUGGCGUCUCGUGCAUCUCAACCAGCUGCGGAGAGAAACUGGCCAGGACUUACAGCUCCCUCUUCUGUGAGACAAGUGCAAAGGAUGGCUCAAACAUCAUCGAGGCAGUGCUCCAUUUAGCACGAGAGGUUACCAAAUAUGCACAUGUACGCAAGGACACAACAUUGGGUCCAAGCCUUUCUGGGAGCCCCAACCCAAAGCUCACCAGCUCAAAGUGCUGCAGAGCCUAAUGCAUGCUCUUUAUCAUCCUAAACACUCAUGCAGUGUGUGGUAUAAUGCUUGUUUCAGAAGGAUGGCGUCUGUCUGUCGGAGUCCAUUAUACAUUUCUAUGCAUGUCUGUUUUGCAGCCUACCUCCGAUUGUGCAGCUCAAGCUAUACUUUAAAGAGUUCCAUGUUUUACACAUAAUGUGCCGCAUAUAGGAUAUUCACUGUGUUCUGUCACAGCCUGAGAAGCGCACCAUACAAUGAGUAGGGAUGCAAAUGGAGUUUGUAAGAGUUCAGUGAGGGUUUCCUCAUGGUGGUAUACUAAGGCCCAAUUAACAAGUCAUUUGUAUGUGCAAUGAACUAGCAGGCAUGUGGUGAGUUAUUUACAAAGAAUAAUUUUGUGAAUAACAUCACAUGCAAAGUAGGGGUAGAAAAUACCCUUGUUGCUCGGAAGAGAAAGCUGUCACCGUGAACAAACUCCUCGCUCAUUUCAGUUUUUUUUCUUCAUUCAUUAUUCCUUAUAUAAUUUAUACUACAAAGUUUAGCUAAUUUAUUAUUCCCUUGAUUUUAUUUUUCCACAUUUCAUUUACAUCUCUCUAAAAUGCAUCUGUCACAAAACUCCUCCUCCCUUGUGCAAGGAGCUGUGGGCAAUAUUAGCUGAUCCACACUUUGAAAAUCUACCUGAAAUAAUGGACCGUAAGGAUACCUUUGGGAAGCUGCUACGAUUUGGGACCUGCUAAUUCUAAUCUCGGAUACUGUUUAGUACGGAUAGUAUGCCAAUUGGGAUGCAGGGAGUGAGACAUCCCGAAGAGUGAAACUGAAAAUGAAACUCGAGUAUAAGAGCGAUAUAAAACAACAGUGUAUAGAAAUCAAAGUGCGUUCUAUAAAUGAGGUAAACGCGUAGGCUCGGUUUAAAUGCUGUCAGACGAUGCCAUUUAAUUAACUAGGUGUCAUUUUGUCUUCAGUAAUGGAAACAAGCUUAUGCAAAAUUUAACACCUGCCCUACGGUUGUACUGAUUUCCUCACACAAUUGCAGAUCCUGAGAUGAAUCUGAUGUUUAGUAAUUCCCAUUGCGGGUUCAAAAAGAAUGAACUUGCUUAAACACUACACUGUAUUUUCCACCUUAGAAUAGAAAAGUCCCACAGUCGAUGUUCAUUAAUGUAAACGCACCAAAGAGACACAACAUGCUAUUUUGCACAUAUGAAAGACGUUAUCCUUCCUUGACAUGUUAGGAAAAUAUGCAAUCCUUUUUAUAAUAAGUUAGUGCAUUACAGCCUAAGUAGUUUUCAAUAAGCUAGGAGUAAAAUUUUUAUUUAUGAUAAUGAACUCUAAUCGUUAUAUCAAAUGAUUGUGUAGAAUAUCAUUUAUUUUCCUUUUUUUUUUUUUUAACAGCAUUCAUAUCUGAAAUGUGGAGUUUGCUUAUUUACCUGGGAGAUCCUUGUCUGUCUGUUAUUUAGAAAAAUGUAGCAUGCAUACAGUAUGUUGUAUAUUAUGCAGUUAUAUGAAAGCCUGGUUUCUCAGACUCAAUUGAAGCGAACAUAAUUUAGUGUACAUGAAGGGUUUAGAAUUCUGUCUUGUUGUUUAACUGAACAAUUACUUUAUUCAGGCAUUACAAAAAACUCUUUCAUUAUUACAAUUUAUUUAGUGAGGAUAGUGAAAUAACCUGACAGUCAUUAGUUAUUUUUUCUGGAUUUAUUAAAAUGGAUUUUAUAUAUUUUAUAUGUAUUGAUAACCCACUGAAGAUUUUAUGCAAUAUUCUAGCAGUUUUACUAACCAAAGAACAGCACUGCCACUGUGCAUUCAAUGUAGACCUUUUUUCUGUAGAUAUUUCCCAUAAAACUUUUUAAACCAAGUGCCAGCCAACAUAACAUUGUUCAGCUUGUUUAUUCAUCCUUACGAUCAUUAAAUUCCACUGCUUCGCUUAGAUUGUAGUGCGUUAUUUUCGAAUGAAAUUGAACUUUUUUAUAUAGAGUAUAUUAUAAAUUCUUGUAUAUUCUACAUAUGUAAUAUACUGUGCAUCUUAUAAACUUGCAAUGAUCAACACAUUUUUUUGUAACUUGUGCAUUAUGGAAUUCAUUUUAUGCCUAAUUGAAUAAAUUGUGACAAACUGCAUUAUUAAAUUAAGAUAAUCCAAAUGUUGUUAUAUAUUUUUCAAUAAUGUAAUCAUUUUCUAAUUGAAUUAUUGUGUGAUUUCAAAUCAAUCCACUGUUUUCUAAACGUGUUUUAUUUCAUUAAGGGAAUUUUCCCCAAUGCCUUUUACUGUCCUUAUUUCAUAAUACUGAUUUUCAAAUGUAUUGUGAAAGAACUAGCUAGGUUGUUAAUAAUGGAACUGUCUGAUGUUAAAGUUUUACUCGGAAGCUAGUUGUUAGUAAGUGAGCUAUAAGCUAAAACUUUUUUCAUCUUUUUACAAUAACUUAAUUAGCCACAAAUGCCAUCCCAUAAUGUAUCUGCUGCUGCUCAGGUUUACGCAUUUCUGUUGUGUAAAAGGGAUACCUACUCCACAUUCAAAUACGAAAUAUAUAUUAAAACAAGUGUAAUGUUUAAAUUCUGGGAUUUUAUUCUGGCAAUACUAACAUAUAAAACAAUCCAUAAUUGAACAUAGAAACAAUCAAAAUUGACAUUACAAACUUCAUAAGGCUUUGAGUCCCAGUGUUCCACAAACUGGGUUUUUUUAUGUUUGUUUGUUUGUUUUUUUUGUUUGUUUUUUUUUUAAUCUUGGUAUUCCCAGAGUUGCAUUGUAGAACUGACAAAGACCAAAGUAAAAACAUGUAAAAGUGUUUUGUUAGCCAUGCAAAGAAAAAGUGUCUUUUCAAACACGUCCGGCAAAUUAGGGUAAAUAAGAAAGAAAGCAACUUUCACUAAAACAAAAAAAACAAAAAUAAUAAUACAAAAAAAUUUGCAUAUACCAACACAGUAAAGAUGUUUUCCAAAGUUGCAUAUUUUCAUUUGAUCACACUCUGUGAUUUAUGAAUGACACAAAAGGGAAAUGUGUUUUAAUUGCAAAGCGAAUUAGUCUAUUUGGUUGACCUGCAUAAUUGUAACACAAAUGAAAGAAUAAAAUGUCAAUGAAUAGCAGUGUGGGCUCAUUAUACACUAGUGACACAAUCUCAUACAACUCUGAAUUUG